AAACACUUUUAUUAGUCUAUGUAACACAUAUAAAUUUCCUGCAUAUAACUUAAUGUCAUCCAUUUAUAGUGAACACUUGCAUACCCAAUUAACUGGUUAUCAUACACCACUGUAUUGAAAAUAUUGACACUCGCGUAAAUAAUUAAAAAAAAGGUGCGCCUGCUGUUAGGACUAUCCUUUUUGCAGUUGGUGUGUGGAGAAUAGAUGUGGUGUCAUUGUGUAUGUCGUUGUUUUGUGAGUGUUACGUUGUAUGCAGAAUUUCUUCCCUCAAAACAUAAAGGAAAAUGCGUAAUUUUAAUGGAUUGCUUUUGGGCUUUGGGGGCCUGCUUUGAAAUUGCUUUAGCCUUGGCAAUAUACCCAAACUUUGGAUGGCGAUGGCUUUUGGGCUUCUCAACAGCACCAUUGUUGUUAUUUACUUCUCUUACACCGUGGCUUACAGAGUCGGCCAGGUACCAUACCAUAAAUGGUAAUUAUGAGAAAGCAGUUCGAGUCUUAGAACAGAUUGCAAAGGAUAAUAAUCGUCAAAUGCUUAUUGGAAGGUUAACAAGUGAAUAUGAAGCCAAUCCACCACAUCAACUGAAAACUUUGUUUAAGCCCGAGUUAAGAAAAAUAACAUUAAUUCUCUGGUUUCUAUGGAUGUCCUGUGCUUUUUGCUAUUACGGAUUAGUACUAAUAUCUGCAGAAGUCUUUCUUAGCGAUAAUGUUAAAGCGUUGCCCAGUCAGAAUUGUAGCUCUUUUAAUACAAAGGAUUUCAUGGAUUUAAUGUGGAUUACAUUUUCCGAAUUUCCCGGUAUAUUUUUGACAAUAGCUGUAAUCAAACGACAUGGAAAAAAGAAAACAAUGGCUUCAGAGUUCAUAAUAUUUUCUGUCUGCAUGUCAAUACUUUCGCUUAGUAAGAGGUAAAUAUACAUAUCACAUAUUACAUAGAUCCGGCCACGCGUUGCUGUGGCUGUAGUAUAGGUACAUUAAAUAA